AUGGAAUCCGAGAGAAUCCUAGUAGCCGCAGGAUUGACUGCAGCAGCAGUGGUUGGAGCGUUUAUAUUUUGGGGCCCCGCUCCGAGCACAGGCGGUGGUAGAGGUAGAUUAGCGGGUUUAGUAAACCUAGGAAAAACCUGCUUCCUCAAUGCUGUGCUGCACGCUCUAGCAGCUUGCCCUAGUUUCAUAACAUGGCUAGAAAAAGACAAAUACGUGAAAGAAACUAGUCUCAGAAGUACCCUAGCAACAGUUCUAUCAGUUGUGAAUGGUACAAACAAAUCUGUGCAAGAUACUUUUGCUCCUGCAGCCGUUAUAAAUGCUUUAAAAAGACUAGGGUGGGUGAUACCCUCCGGAGAACAAGAUGCUCAUGAAUUACUUAAUGUUAUUUUAACAACGCUCGAUGAAGAAACGCAAAAAAUUGGAAGAAAAGCCGGGUGUUUGUCGGAUGCAUUGGGUAUGAACGAACUGGAAUUCGAAGAUGAUCAAGGAGAACAGGCUGGCGAUUACGAUUCGUUGGGUAGCGUUAUGUCUUUGAAUGAGCUAUGCAGGCCCAUGAGUGCCGGAUGGAGAGGAGGUGCCAUUAGGAGAAACCGGUGGAUCUCUAGGUCUUGCAGAGCACUGCAAAUGUCUGGACCUCCUCAACAACCGGUUAGUCAUCCUUUUACUGGCACCUUGACCAGCCAACUGAGGUGCACCGAUUGCGGUUUUAAGUCUGCUGUUCGAUAUGACAAAUUCGAAAGCCUUUCUCUUGCUUUGCCGACGAUUGCGGGCGAUAUUGGUUGGGGAAGGCACAAAUUGCAUCAAUUGUUAACCAAUUUCGUCACUCCUGAAGUUGUAAAUGAUGUCCAGUGCGAAGGUUGUAACAGAAACAGAGAUCCGGCUAAGCCCCCCAUUUUGUCCAAACAAGUGAAAAUCCUAAACUUUGGAAAGUUACCGGUUUGCUUGUGCAUUCAUAUUUCUCGAAACACUUGGUCAUCCAGUGGCAUGUCGAAAAGGCAGGAUUACGUUCAGUUUCCCAUGAGGCUGUCAAUGUCUGCAUACACGUUUAUUCAAGUCCACUACCAGAGAAAAUUUUUAAAUAGUUCGCAAUAUACAAGUACAAGCGAAGGAGGUAGUCCUUUAUCAAGCAGCACGCCACUCUGUUGGACUGGUAGUUCUCUGACAGAUAUGGCAAAUGAAUUCAAGAACGUUUAUCAAUUGGCAUCUGUUGUAGUACAUGCUGGUGAUGCUCAUUCUGGCCAUUUUAUUACUUAUAGGAGGGGUCACCAGAAUAAUAGGUGGUAUUAUACUUCAGAUGUAGAAAUAAGAGAAGUUUCUAUUGAUGAGGUACUCCAGAGUACAGCUUAUAUGCUUUUUUACGAGAAGACUUCGACUGUAGGAUUAGAAGGUGAUUUUAUGAUGAACAAUCAGUGUAAUUUUGGAGUAAUUGUUUAA